CGACUCCCUGCCGCCGCCUCCUUCGAGUUCCCCCCAUCGUCCUCGCACCCCGCUCCCGCUACAUCGGCCGACGCCGGGAGCGCUCCCCGUCGGCUUCGUUUUCCCGGCGGCGCGCCUCCACGGAUCUUGAAAGGGCGUGCGACGUGGCGGCGGCGGCGGAGCAGUUGCAGGUGGUGCGGUGGCAGCGGGGUUGGGCUGGAGGUGGAGGGUGUGCGAACGGUGGCUAUUUGAGCCCCGUAAGCGACAUAUAGCAAGCCCCGGCAGGCACCACUGCCAUCGCGCAGGAGCGUUGUUGCGGGCGCGGGCGCAGCGGCGCGGCCAAGGUAUCGCGGCAUCAGCGGGCGCGCAGCCAGGACGGAGCGUGGGAGCGAUUAGGGCGCGGGGCAUCGGGUACGGCCAGGUCGCUGGACUGACGCGGCGCGGGAGCGCGGCAAGGGCGACCGACGAGGGCUUGGCGGCCGGCGAGGUGAAACUGAUUAUUCGAAGUAGAUGUCACUGUAUCACCACCAAAUCUGAUAAUGCUGUGGCAACAGAGUCGUAGGCUAUGGCAACCCGUAUCCUGUCACAUCAAAAUCUGAGAAAGUUGGCUUCAUUUACUCUCCGCAACAUAUCUCAGAGGCAACUAAUUUCACAUUACCCUCUAGCUCUUAGAUCUGCCGUUGUUUCCCCUAGCAAAUGCUUCAGCCCACUUAACCUAUUUGGGCAUUCAUGGUCUGUUAGAUGGGGUAGCUAUGGAUCAGUGAAUCUAGUUCUAUCUGAUGAUGGCAAACCCAAGUUUGAGAUUGAGGAAGUGGAGCCCUCCAAGAAGAGGAGGUAUUUGACAAAGAAGCGUUUGAAGCUUCAGAGGAAGCGAGAAAAGAAGAAGAGGAAGGAGGCCAAUAAAAAUGAUCCACGGCGCAUCAGACCCAAGGGAAAGAAGAUAAAACAAAAAUUUCCCACAGCUGAAGCUCGACUCAAAUAUAAGAUUGAGAAGGCCAAAUUAAAGGAAGCUAUGUUGGUUGAAAAGCUAAAGAAGUACGAGGUUGCCAAAGCUCAAGGCCCUAUGGCUAAACCAGAUGAUCUUAGUGGUGAGGAAAGAUUUUACUUGAAGAAGGUUUCACAGAAAAAGUCAAAUUAUGUCCCUGUUGGAAGGCGAGGAGUUUUUGGAGGUGUUAUCCUGAACAUGCAUUUGCACUGGAAGAAACAUGAGACAGUGAAGGUCAUAUGUAAACCCUGCAAACCAGGGCAAAUCCAGGAAUAUGCAAAUGAAAUAGCCAGACUGAGUGGUGGUAUCCCUGUUAACAUCAUUGGAGAUGACACUGUAGUCUUCUACCGAGGAAAGAACUAUGUUCAGCCAGAUGUCAUGUCACCUAUUGAUACACUGUCAAAGAAAAAGGCACUUGAAAAAUCAAAAUAUGAACAAUCACUGGAGACAGUUCGGCAUUUCAUUGCAGUAUCUGAAAAGGAACUUGAACUUUAUUAUCGGCAUGUUGCACUUUAUGGAAUUCCACAAUCCCAGAAUGCUGAUCUGGUUUGUGGUGAUGAUAGAAAAGCUUCUUUGCUGAAAAUGGGGGGAUUGAAUCAAGGGAAGGACCAAGAACCUCAUCUGGCUAUUAUUGAUUUCUCCGAUCAUAUCAGUGAUGUUUCUGAAUCUGAUGAAGAAGAUUAUUCGGGUAGUGAAUAUGAUGUUAAUGAUGAUGUGACUGAAGAAACAAUCGACAUCUCGGAAGACACUGUUGUUUCUGAUCAUGACAGGGUGUUCGCCAACAGGGAGUGAAGUGUGAUUACCUUGCCCUACUCUGACAUAAUCACAUUGUUGACGGGAAACUGCUUCAACAGCUAGAAUCUUUCAUGUGGGGUUUUUUUUUCUUGAACCCUUCUGGAUAAUAAGACAUAUCUUACUUCAUUGCACCAAGAGGUGCCCCUUUUCAUUUUCCAGGAUCUCUUUUGUUGUCUAUGCUAACUGAUCAAUAUGAUUAACAUUGUGAGCGCUUGCUGGCAAAACUCUGAAAUUACUUGUUGCCAGGAAGCAGUAGUAUCAGUUUGAUAAGGAACAGGUGUCGGCAAGAAUACUGUCCCAGGAUGCAGCACAAGGUAGGGGCUCUUUUAGAAUGAUGUCAAUGUUGCACUUUGGAUGUACUGAAUCGUCAUAUUAUAUGUGCUGAUUAAUCGGUACAGUUUUGUGAACCUGCUGUUGUAAGUUAAACUAAGCUUUUGGGAUGGUUCCUUGAUGUAUAUAAUAGUACUAGUUCAGCCUUGAUCUGUCAUCUGUCACCAAAUGCAGUGAUGUAAUCUUGCAUAUCCUUCUAAAAGUGCUCUCCUCAUUGUCGAAGGCAAAGUUUAUGAGUUGGGACUCAGAAGACAGCUGUGGAAAAGUUUACUCUACCAGCUUCUGAUCAGAGAGACGAUAUUCUACUGCUCAAGAAAGUAGCCACUGAGUUGGCCUCACUAACGCCAUCGACAUCUGAACCAGUGAGGUAAUUUCUGAUGAAUAACGAGUCCGGCAUCCAAGUCUUAGCUUGAUGUGAUCAUAGGGAGUAACUGACACGACAAUCGCAACUCUGUUGAUCACAGCAUCGUGAAGAAUUUGAUCGGCCGUGCAUCAGUUCGUGGCGUCUCUCGUCUGUUUCUUCGACGAAUAAUAUUGUUGUUGGGUAGCAUCUAUUACUAAAGAAUUCUGAUAAGUUAUGGGUGAAUGACAUAGUAGCAGGACAGAAGAAAAGGAUAUGAAUACUUGCAUAAUCUGUCGUUAUCAUUAUGAGUUUUAACCUUA